GAGCCGCCCCGCCCACCGCCCCGCCCCGUCGUCGCCCGAUGCCGGUCCGGGAGCGGCCGAGCGAGGCAGCAGCAGCGGCGGCAGCCGUAGCGGCGAGGCGAGGCUCGAGCGGGACCGCAGCAGGCCGAGGCAGGCUGGCUGGAUGAGGAGUUUGGCGUCCCUCACUGAGAGCAUCCGUCUUCUUUGAGCCUGGGCCUCUCCCAGACCUCUUUCCCACCAUGUUCCACUUAAUCAAGAAAGACCGAGACGGGUCCAGGAGGGAGAAGAAGGAGAAGAAGGAGAAGAAGGAACGCAUGUCGGCCGCCGAGCUGAAGAGCCUGGAGGAGAUAAGCCUGCGACGCGGCUUCUUCAACCUCAACCGGGCUUCCAAGCGGGACGCCAAGAACCGCCUGGAGAUCUCCAACCCCAUCCCCAUCAAGGUGGCCAGCGGCUCGGACCUCCAUCUCACCGACAUCGACUCCGACAGCAACCGGGGCAGCGUGAUCUUGGACUCCGGCCACCUCAGCACGGCCAGCUCCAGCGAUGACCUCAAAGUGGACGACGGCAACUUCAAGGGCUCGGUUCUCCAGCGGGCCGCCAAGUUCGGCUCGUUGGCCAAACAGAACUCGCAGAUGAUCGUCAAGAGGUUCUCCUUCUCCCAGAGGAGCCGGGACGAGAGCGCCUCGGAGACCUCCACGCCCUCCGAGCAUUCGGCAGCCCCUUCCCCGCAGGUGGAGACGCGAACCCUGGAGACGCAGCUGACGAAGCACGGCGGUGGGACUCUCCCCUGCGUCCCACUGGCAUCCUCCGCCUCGCGCACCCGGCUGCCCGAAUUGGUGAGCAAGCGUUUCCCCGCAGAGUUGAAGCUCCCUGCGGUGGUGCCUCCACAACCCCCCGUGCCCCGCCAGCUGGAGCUGCAACGCCGCAACACGGGCGACUUCGGCUUCUCGUUGCGUCGUACCACCAUGCUGGACAGGGCGGCCGACGGGCAGGUCUACCGGCGAGUGGUGCAUUUUGCCGAGCCGGGCGCCGGCACCAAAGAUCUGGCCUUGGGCUUGGUGCCGGGCGACCGACUGGUGGAGAUCAACGGGCACAACGUGGAAAAUAAAUCCCGGGACGAGAUUGUGGAGAUGAUCCGGCAGUCGGGCGAGACGGUACGCCUGAAGGUGCAGCCGAUUUUGGAACUGAGCGAGCUGAGUCGCUGUUGGUUGAGGCACGGCGAGCGGCUCCAAGGAGCAGCCUUGGAGACAUCCCCGCCAGCCCAGCCAGAAGACAUGCCGCCACCUUGCCCGACCGCUGGAGAGAAGCCCAAGCAGCCGGAGCCCGUGAGCGCCGUGGCUGCCCCCGGCCAGGUAUGGUAUCCCAGCGCCCCGGACCCUCCUCCUCCUCCACCUCCCGCCUGCCUCUGGGUUGAUGUGUGUGCUCGCGCGACAUGCUGGAAUGCCAAGACGGAGGAGCAGAUUGCUGCCGAAGAGGCCUGGUGUGAGACGGAGAAGGUGUGGCUGGUUCACAAAGAUGGAUUCUCGCUGGCAAGCCAGGUAAAGUCGGACGCUGCCAGCACCUUGCCGGAGGGGAAGGUCAAAGUGAAACUGGACUACGAUGGGGCCGUUCUGGAAGUGGACGAAGAUGACAUUGAAAAGGCCAAUCCUCCAUCGUGCGACCGAUUGGAGGACCUGGCCAACCUGGUCUACCUCAAUGAGUCCAGCGCCUUGCACACUCUUCGUCAGCGCUACGGCGGGAACCUCAUCCACACCUACGCCGGCCCCAACUUGGUGGUCAUCAACCCGCUCAGCUCUCCAUCCAUGUACUCCGAGAAGGUGAUGCACAUGUUCAAGGGGUGCCGGAAGGAGGAGACCUCCCCGCACGUCUACGCCCUGGCCCAGGCCGCCUACCGGGCCAUGCUGAUGAGCCGCCAGGACCAGUCCAUGGUCUUCCUGGGCAGCAGCGGCAGCGGGAAGAGCACCAGCGCCCAGCACCUGGUGCAGUAUCUGGCCACCAUCGCCGGCAGCCCCGGGAGGGUCUUCUCAGUGGAGAAGUGGCAGGCCCUUUACACCAUCCUGGAGGCUUUCGGGAACAGCAGCACCAGCCUGAACAGCAACGCCAGUCGCUUCUCCCAGAUUAUCUCGCUGGACUUUGACCAGGCCGGGCAGGUGGCCUCGGCUUCUGUGCAGACCAUGUUGCUGGAGAAGCUCCGCGUGGCCAAGCGUCCCACCAACGAGGGGACCUUCAACGUCUUCUACUAUCUCCUGGCCUGUCCGGACAACGCCUUGCGGACCGAGUUGCAUUUCAAUCACCUGGCCGAGAACAACGUCUUUGGCAUCCUGCCGCUGUCCAAGCCGGAGGAGAAGCAGAAAGCGGCCCAGCAGUUCAGCAGGUUGCAGGCGGCCAUGAAGGUGAUGGGCAUCUCUGGGGAGGAACAGAAAGUCUUCUGGCUCGUCCUGGGCGCCAUUUGCCACCUGGGGGCGGCCGGAGCCACCAAAGACAGCAGUGAAGGCGGGAGGAAGCAGUUUGCCCGCCACGAGUGGGCCCAGAAGGCCGCCUACCUGUUGGGCUCCAACCUGGAGGAGCUCUCCUCGGCCAUCUUCAAGCAGCAGCAGCCCAAGGGGAGCCUGCAGAGGUCCACCUCCUUCCGCCAGGGGCCCGAGGAGGCGGCGCUGGCCGACGGCUCAGGCCCCAAAACCUCGGCCUUGGAGUGCUUGGAAGCCCUGACUGCCGGCUUGUACUCCGAGCUCUUCACCCUCCUCAUCAGCCUACUCAACAGGGCCCUGAAGUCCAGCCAGCGCUCCUUGUGCUCCAUGAUGAUCGUGGACACCCCCGGCCUGCAGAACCCCGAGAUGGCCGGCCAGAGUCGGGGUGCCACCUUUGAGGAGCUGUGCCACAACUAUGCCCAGGAGAGGCUCCAGGGACUCUUCCACGAACGCACCUUUGUGCAGGAGCUGGAGCGGUACAAGGAGGAGAACCUAGACUUUUCCUUAGAUGCCCUGGAGCCCAGCGUCUCGGGCUCUGUGGCCACAGUGGACGAAGCGUCCCACCAGGCGCUGGUCCGCACCCUGGCCCGGACCGACGAAGCCCGCGGCCUGCUGUGGCUGCUGGAGGAGGAGUCCCUUCAGCCGGGGGGCAGCGAGGAGGGUCUUCUGGAGCGCCUCUUCACCCACUACGGCCCACAGGACGGAGACAAGAAAGGUCCCAACCCGCUUCUCCGCAGCAAUAAACCCCGGCAUUUCUUCCUGGGACACAGCUACGGGACCAACUGGGUGGAGUACGACACCACCGGCUGGCUGAGCUACGUCCGGCAGAAUCCCGGUUCUCAAAACAGCCUGCUCCUCCUCCAGGAGUCCCAGAAGAAGAUCAUCAGCAGCCUCUUCGCGGGACGAGCCGGGGCCAACACGGUGCUCUCGGGCUCCAUCGCGGGCUUAGAGGGGGGGUCCCAGCUGGCCCUGCGCAGGGCCACCAGCAUGCGCAAGACCUUCACCACCGGGGUGGCUGGGGUGAAGAAGAGGUCCGUCUGCAUCCAAAUCAAACUGCAAGUGGAUGCCCUGAUUGACACCCUGAAGAAGUCCAAGCUGCAUUUCGUCCACUGCUUCCUACCCAAGGCCAGCGCCUGGCGAGGCGACGCCAAGGGUCCCUACGCCCGGCGGGUGAGCAGCAGCGAGCCGGACCUCCACGGCGAACACUGUGAAGCCGGCCUGAUGCAGCUGGAGGUGCCCCUGCUGAGGGCCCAGAUCCGGGGCUGCCGUCUGCUGGAUGCCCUCCGGAUGUACCGCCAAGGUUACCCUGACCACAUGGUCUUUGCCGAAUUCCGCCGCCGGUUCGAGGUGCUGGCUCCCCACUUGAGCAAGAAGCACGGGCGCCAUUACAUCGUCACGGACGAGAGGAGGGCUGUGGAAGAGCUGCUGCAGUCGCUGGAAUUGGAGCAGAAUUGCUUCCAGAUGGGUGUGAGCCGGGUGUUCUUUCGGGCAGGGACUUUGGCGAAGCUGGAGGAGCAGCGGGAUAAGCAGCUGUGCCGAAGCAUCACCCUGUUCCAGGCUGCCUGCCGGGGAUUCCUGGCCCGCCAGCAUUUCAAGAAGAGAAAGAUUCAGGACCUGGCUAUCCGUUGCGUCCAGAAGAACAUCAAGAAGAAUAAGGGCGUGAAGGGCUGGCCUUGGUGGAAACUUUUUACCACCGUUCGGCCUCUGAUUGAGGUUCAGCUGACGGAGGACCAGAUCCGGGCCAAAGAUGAAGAAAUCCAGCAGCUAAAGGGCCGCCUGGAGAAGGUGGAGAAAGAGCGGAACGAACUGCGGCUGAGCAGCGACCGUUUGGAGAGCAAGGUCGCGGAGCUAACGUCAGAGCUGACGGACGAGAGGAACACCGGAGAGUCGGCUUCCCAGCGUCUGGACGCGGAGACGGCCGAGCGCCUACGGGGGGAGAAGGACAUGAAGGAUCUGCAGGCCAAGUACGAUGCCCUCAAGAAACAAAUGGACUCCAUGGAGAUGGAAGUGAUGGAGGCCCGUCUGAUCCGGGCGGCGGAGCUGAACGGAGAGAUGGACGAUGACGAUACAGGGGGGGAAUGGCGCCUGAAGUACGAGCGCGCAUCCCGGGAGAUCGACUUCACCAAGAAGCGGCUGCAGCAGGAGUUUGAGGACAAGCUGGAGGUGGAGCAGCAGAGCAAGCGGCAGCUGGAGAGACGGCUGACCGACUUGCAGGCCGAUAGCGAGGAGACCCAGCGGGCACUGCAAACCCUCCGGAAGAAGUGCCAGCGCCUGACGGCCGAGCUGCAGGACACCAAGCUGCACCUGGAAGGGCAACAGGGCCGCAACCACGAGCUGGAGAAGAAGCAGCGGCGGUUUGAUAGCGAGCUGUCCCAAGCUCACGAGGAAGCCCAGCGUGAGAAACAGGGGCGGGAAAAACUAGGGCGCGAGAAGGACAUGCUGAUCGCCGAGGUCUUCGGCCUCAAGCAGCAGCUGGAGGAGAAGGAGGCCCAGAUCUUGACGGCCACGCAGAAGGUCCAGGCCCUGGAGGCCGAGCUGCACGACCUCUCCAGCCAGGAGUCGAAGGACGAAGCCUCCCUGGCCAAGGUGCGCAAGCAGCUGCGGGACCUGGAGGCCCAAGCCAAAGACCAAGAGGAGGAGCUGGACGAGCAGGCGGGCACCAUCCAGGUGCUGGAGCAGGCCAAACUCCGACUGGAGAUGGAGAUGGAGAGGCUGCGACAGACGCACGCCAAGGAAGUGGAGAGCCGCGAUGAGGAAGUGGAGGAGGUGCGGCAGUCAUGCCAGAAGAAGCUGAAGCAGCUGGAGCUGCAGCUGGAAGAGGCCUACGAGGAGAAGCAGAAGGUGCUGCGGGAGAAGAGAGAGCUGGAGAGCAAGCUGGUGGCCGCCAGCGACCAGGUCAGCCAGCGGGACUUUGAAGCGGAGAAGCGGCUACGGAAGGACCUCAAGCGCACCAAGGCCCUCUUGGCGGACGCGCAGGUCAUGCUGGACCACCUGAAGAACAACGCGCCCAGCAAGCGGGAGAUCGCCCAGCUGAAGAACCAGCUGGAAGAGUCGGAGUUCACCUGCUCGGCCGCCGUCAAAGCCCGCAAAUCCAUGGAGGUGGAGAUUGAGGACUUGCACCUGCAGAUCGAGGACUUCUCCAAAGCGAAAGGAGCGCUGGAGGAGCAGCUGAGCCGUUUGCAGCGGGAGAAGAACGAGGUCCAGAGCCGGCUGGAGGAAGACCAGGAGGACAUGAACGAGCUGAUGAAGAAGCACAAGGCGGCCGUGGCCCAGGCCUCACGGGACCUGGGCCAGAUCAACGAUCUGCAGUCGCAACUGGAGGACACCCAGAAGGAGAAGCAGGAGCUGCAGGAGAAGCUGCAAGCCCUGCAGAGUCAGGUGGAAUUCCUGGAGCAGACCAUGGUGGACAAGUCCUUGGUCAGCCGGCAGGAGGCCAAGAUCCGGGAGCUGGAGACCCGCCUUGAGUUUGAGAGGACCCAAGUGAAGCGCCUCGAGAGCCUGGCCACCCGCUUGAAGGAGAACAUGGAGAAGCUGACGGAAGAGCGAGACCAGCGCACGGCGGCCGAGAACCGGGAGAAGGAGCAGAACAAGCGGCUUCAGCGUCAGCUGCGGGACACCAAAGAGGAGAUGGCCGAAGUGGCCAAGAAAGAGGCGGAGGCAAGCCGGAAGAAGCACGAACUGGAGAUGGACCUGGAGAGCUUGGAAGCGGCCAACCAGAGCUUGCAGGCGGAUCUGAAGCUGGCCUUCAAGCGGAUCGGGGACCUGCAGGCCGCCAUUGAGGACGAGAUGGACAGCGAGGACAAUGAGGACCUCAUCAACAGCGAGGGAGACUCGGACGCCGAUUCGGAGCUGGAAGACCGCGUGGACGGAGUGAAAUCGUGGCUGUCGAAAAACAAGGGUUCCUGCAAGUCGGUCUCCGAGGACGGCAGUUUGAAGAGUAGCAGACCCACCCUGGACGCGCCUGGCAAGGAGGCUAAGAACGGGGAGGACAGGCCGGCGUCUGUCAUGAGCUCGCUGAGCUAUCGGAAGCGCACCAACCUCAAGGACUCCAUUGGAGGGAAAGGGGAUGAGGAGAGCCUCUUCUCUGCCCUGAGCGAGCGCCCCGCCUCACCGGACCGCUCUUUCCGCAAGGCCGCACGGGCCUCGGUGGCGGGCGGCUCAGACGAGACUAGCUCCCUUGCCUCCUGGAAGAAGUCACUCGGCGGAGGCCUGGAGGAGCUAAGUGACAGAGGAUCCGUCCUCUCUGAGACCAGUAGCCGCCUCGCCAAGGGCCUGGAGAAGCGCUGGUCCACCUCGGCGGCCGAAUUCGAUCGGACGUCGGUCCUCUCGGCCGCGGUCAGUCAAAGUGCAGCCUCCUGGGCUGGCCUGGAAGAUGACACCCGCUCGUCCCUCAGCUUGGCCCUCUCCAGCCCUGGAAGCUCGCGGCGCAGCGCUUCUCGCUUGGAUGACCUUAGCUCGUCCUACGGCCGCCCAGGCUCACGGAUCUCCUUGAGCCGUUCCCAGCUGGACGACACGGCCAGCCUGGCCCCGAGCGACUCUCGCUCCCUCUGCAGCCAGCACUCCGUCGCGCGCAGCCUCUCCAUGCCUCCUCGGCCCCGGACGUCCGCCUCGGAUGACUUGCGGUUAGACGACGUGGACAUCCGGCCGGUCGGCCAUCGGAGCUACCUCGACCCGGAUCUGGAGGCAGCAAUCAGCGAGGUGCUAAACUACAAGCCCGUCAAAUUCAGGCGCUCCAGCCGGGAUACCGACUCGGAGGAAGAGGACCGCAGGAGUGUCCGCAGUGCCAGGAGCACCACUCGGCUGGAGACCGCCGAGCACCCGGCCAGCAGCCUCCGCCGGUCAGCCUCGGCCUUGGACUUCUACCGGCCUGAUCAGAAAACGAAGGGUCGGAGGAGCCGAAAGCGGAGUUCCUCCAGUGACUCCUCCUCUUCCUCUUCCUCCUCCUCUUCCUCUUCCUCUCCCGAGCGGCAGAGGAAGACCUCCAAAAGCGCGCCAAGAAAUCCAAGAAGAAGUCCAAGAAGAAGAAGCAACAGAGGUCCCACACCGGGUCUUCCUCGGAGUCUUCCUCCAGCUCCACUGUCUCCUAUCGUAGCGACUCCAGCAUCAAGAAAGGCCCAAAGCCCUCUGACGGGGAGACCGGCAGCGUCCCUAAGGAAGGGAGUCCGGAGGCUGGGAAGUCCACCAAGCAGUUGAAGAAGGAGGAGAAGAAACGGAAAAAGCAAGUGGACAGUCUGAUGAUGAAGUAUCUGUAUCGGCCGGAGAGCGACUAAGCCCCUCCGGCCCCUGGAGGCUCUUCGCCUGCGACCGAUCGGACGAGGAGCGCGACUUCUCCGACGGCGCCCACCGACCCACAAUUUCCCGGAGUUACUUGAGUGACAGCGACUCGGAGAGCAAGCUAGCGGACAG